AUGCUUCAGUUAGCAAACAUUCUUCACACCCAAGGUUUUGAAAUAACCAUCAUACACACCGAAUACAACUCCCCCAAUCAUUCCAACUAUCCUCACUUCAUCUUCAAGUCCAUCCGGGACCGAUUUUUCGAGAUUGAACACCAGUUAACGAAGGAAGACGCCAGCUUUUUCGUUAUAUACCUUAACAGAAGCUGUGAAGAGUCGUUUCGGGAUUGUCUGACUAGGUUAUUGGCGGAAGAUGAUGAGGGGUCGAUUUCCUGUCUAAUCUCAUAUGCCCUAUUCUACUUCACGCAAGCCGUGGCAGAUUCCCUUAACCUCCCUCGAUUGGCGCUUCGGACAACCAGUCUUGCUUCCGCCAUUGCUUAUGGCGCUUUACCCUUUGCCUCUGAAAUUGGUUGUUUUAAUCUUACAAAAGGUCAAUUUUUGUUUCGGAGGAUUCUUAAUAUAACUUCUGAACCGACGUUUCCAUAUUCAAAUUAUGAAGCACCGGUGCCGGAAUUUCCACUUAUGAAGAUGAAGGCAUCAUCAGGGAUCAUCUGGAACACCUUCAAAGAACUUGAACAACCUUCACUAGAGACCAUUCGCCAAGAAUUUUCAGUUCCGAGCUUCACUUUAGGCCCAUUCCACAAGUACUUCCCGGCAUCCUCAAGCAGCUUGAUCGAACAAGACCGAACUGUUCUCUCAUGGCUAGACACCCAAGCCCCAAAAUCUGUGAUAUACUCAGGCUUGGAACGCUUCCUUUACGAUGUACUAACGACUAUGAUAGCAAGAGAUGCGAUAAGGAAUGCUACGAAGCACCUUACACCUCCUCAAAUGGAAGUUUCUAGGUCCCGAUCUUUCUUGACUAAUCUAGAUUCUUCUUAUUAUUUACAUGGCCUUUACAUGACUCUAGAAAAUGGUAUACUUGUCUACGAUGCUCUAGAAGCUGCACGUAUUACCGAAUCAGCAUUUCAAGAAUUGGCCCAUGGAUUGACAAAUACGGGUUUACCAUUCUUGUGGGUGAUUAGACUAGGGUUAAUUCCUGGCCGUUCAAAAUGGCUGGAGUGUUUGCCGGAAAAGUUCCUAGAAAGAUUGGGUGAUGGCGGACGUAUAGUAAAAUGGGCUCCUCAAGAAGACGUGUUAGCUCAUCCAGCAACCGGGUGUUUUUGGACUCAUUGUGGAUGGAAUUCAACGUUGGAGAGCAUAUAUGAAGGAGUUCCUAUGGUGUGCUCACCUUGUUUUGUCGACCAACCAGUAAAUGCAAGAUAUGUGAGCGAUGUAUGGAAGAUUGGUGUUUUGUUGGAGGAUGGGUUUGACAGGGUGGGGAUUGAAAGGGCGAUUAAAAGAGUAAUGAUGGAAAAAGAAGGAGAAGAAAUCCGAGAGAGAAUAACUACUCUUAAGGAGAAGUUAAAUCUUUCUCUUGAAGAAGGUGGGUCGUCUCAUCAGUCAUUGAAGGGAUUAGUGGAUUAUAUUUUAUCCUUUUGA